CGACUUCGACAACUCGUCGAAAAAUGUUUCAAUGAAGACGCGAGUGAAUUUGUUCAUCUCAUUGUUGUGAUUUAUUUUUUUUUCCCAGCUGAGGAUGUUUGUGAAACGUUUACUCUUAUCCGUAGCAGUUUACUUUUUGGUUGAUGUUGAGUCACGAACACAAACCGGUCAGCUCCUGCCACCGCGCAAUCUCACCCUUCGUUGGCUGAGCGACUUUGAACCCCAACUGUGGUGGGGACACGAGCGUUUGCCACCAAACUGUGAAUACAAUGUGUUGAAAAGAACGGCCGAGCACAACAGUGAGGAACAGAGUACUCAUCAAUCACCUCCUUCAGUCUACAACCUGGCAAUGGAAGGAGGUUCCCUGUUUUUCUCUGUUCAGACCACCUGCAACCACAUAAAUAGCGAGCCUUCUUUCCUCAAUGUUACAUAUCCAGAGCUGGUGAGUAAUGUGCGGUGCAGCAUCAUCUCGUCGGCGCUGACUCGGUGCUCCUGGGUGCCUCUCGGCUCUCCUCGGGAUCUCGCUUUCUAUUAUCAGUUAGCGAACGAGGUGGAGGACGUGGCCUCCGGCGUCAUGUCCUUGUCGGAGUGUCCGCACUACACGCUCACCAAUGGCAUGAGGACGGGCUGCUGUCUGCAGUCCAAAGCACAGGAGUCCAUCCUGAUGUUGUUUAACGCUACCCUGAACGGGGGUCUCGUCAAGAACACCUUUCAGGAGAAGCCCGUGCGAGUGACACCGCAUCCCCUAAACUGGAGCGUUAGCAAAGUCCCAGGUUAUUUCAACGUGAGCUGGACUCCUCCGGAUGUUUUAGGACUACCGCAGUGGAAGUUUGUGAUAAAUUACACUGAGUGUGAUAAGGAAAAGACUCAAAUGGUCCAGGGAGUGACAUGGCUACUAUUGGGCCGAGUUUCUCACUGUCAGUACCGUAUGACCCUGAGAGCAUGCAGCCCUCGCGGAGACUCUGAAUGGAGUGAAAUCAAGUAUUUUGAGGCGGACCAUGAUGCCGAUGCCAUCUUGUACGCCGCCAUCGUCAUCAUCCCGCUGCUGUGUGCCGGCCUUGCAUCGCUGGCGUGCGUGUGCUUCAGAAGGAAUCGGGAAGUCAUGUUCGGCAACGUGCCCCAACCUCGGGAUUUCCUCAGUGAUAUUCACAACAACAAGAGUGACAGACUUUUCAGCCUUAAUUUCCUGGAAAAGGAGGAAGAGGAGUGCCAAAUCAGUGUGGUGACAGACACGACACAUUUGAAUGUUCUAUAGCGAAUUGCGAUUCACUAUUUUAUGAUUUGUUUUGAAUUUUCUGGUUGUUUUAUAGGCAGGAGUCGCUAAAAAAGAAAGAAAACAAGUAAUCUUUCUGCCUUUCCGUGAAGACGGAUGAUACAGGAGGCCCUCUAGUGGCCGUUUGCGGUACUACAAAUAUGGCGACUCAGAAUGGUCCUGAUGCUGCGAGUGUAGACAGGAUGCCUCGGACGCGCUUGCGUACAAAACGUGAUUUUGCGCCAUCAAUUUGACGCAGUCUCUGUGGCGCAAUGGAAUAGCGCGCUGGACUUCUAAUCCAGAGGCUCCGGGUUCGAGUCCCGGCAGAGAUGGGUCGUUGGGAGUCGCUGAGGUUGCCCCCUUUGUUUUGCUUGGGCUGCAUCUUUUGAUGAAACGUUUGGAUGCGGUAGGUUUGCCGUGAUGGACACGAGUAAUGCCAAUAGAAAGACAGUCCGACAAUAUUUUUUAUUUAUUUUUUUAUCUACACGUAAAACAAUUCAAAUGAUGAGACAAUAGAAUAAAAGAGUAGAAUUCAAUAAAAA